UAGUAUUUAAACCCGCAAUGUCAGCAGGCGCACAGCUUCACACUGGAGAACUUGAUCUUGACCAACACGUUUGGAUUCAUGGGGGGAAAAAACUUAAAUAAACACAGAUUCUGAGCUCUAAAUACCAAGAAGAUCUUUCAUCAGCAAUCUCCACUGGCAACUUUGGAUAUCUGAACCCAGCAUCAAUCUUUUGGGAACACUUUUUCCCCCCUUUAUUAUUAUUGUUUUUUCAUUUUUUUCCCACUCUUGGGAUUUCAACUGCGCCCACUCCGUGUGGUCGCCCCCUCCUUCCCAGAGAGGGUGUACAGUAAAAGUUGGCGUCCGGAGAUGCGGUCCCUUCUCCCGCUUACUGUGUAUUGCAUCAGCCUGGUUUCCCUCCAGCAGCUGCUGGCGUUGCCUGCUGAGGAGCGUCCCGACAGGAACAGGUGGGACCUCCUCAAGCUCAUCGACCAGAGAGAGGAUACAGCCUCUCCAUCAGGGAGCCAGGCUCAUGGCACCGUCCCCGCUCCAGCCCCCAGUCAAUACCCAAAAGGGCUGCCCGGUUUCCCGAGACACCAACCAGCCACAGGAGUAAGAGCUUCGCCAAACCUGGCAUGGGCACGACCCAGUGAGGCUUCGCAGAUGGAGAGGAGGGUGCAGAGAGCUCGUCGCCAUGCCCACUUGGGAUCACGAGGCGGUCACCACCACCCCCAACUGAUGAGAGUGGGCUGCGUCCUGGGAACAUGCCAAGUGCAGAACCUUAGCCACCGGCUCUAUCAGCUCAUUGGUCAGAGUGGCAGAGAAGACUCAUCUCCAAUCAACCCCCGGAGCCCACAUAGUUAUGGAUGAGUUAGUUGACACCUCCAAACACCCACAGCAAGUCUUAUCUAUAUACCCAUUUAUUUAUCUCUUAAUGUGUUACUGGUAGCUUUUGCAUUAGAGUUGAUGUAGUCCAUUUGUUUAUCUGUCUUAAAAUGACAAUUAUA